GCUUCAUCGAUAAUUCAACCCUCAUCUCACAUCAGCGGAUCCACACAGGAGAGACACCCUACACAUGCGCUGAAUGUGGGAAAAGCUUCAAUCAGCGCUCAAACCUUACCACACAUCGGAGAAUGCACACGGGUGAGAAACCUUAUGGAUGCUCUGAGUGUGGGGAACGCUUCAUUCGUCGUUCAGCCCUUAUCUUACAUCAGAGAAUCCACACAGGAAAGACACCCCACACAUGCUCUGAGUGUGGGAAAAGCUUUAGUGGGCACUCAGCCCUUAUCACACAUCGUAGAAUCCACACAGGAGAGAAACCCUACACAUGCUCUGAGUGCGGGAAAAGCUUCAAUCAGAGCUCACACCUUAUCAGACACCAGAGAAUCCACACAAGGGAGACGCCCUACACAUGCUCUGAGUGCGGGAAACGCUUCAAUCAGCGCUCACACCUUAUCACACAUAGGAGACUCCACAUGAGUGAGCAACCUUAUGGAUGCUCUGAGUGUGGGAAACGCUUCGUUGAUAAUUCAGCCCUCACCUCACAUCAGCAGAUCCACAGAGGAGAGAUGCCCUACACGUGCUCUGAGUGUGGGAAACGCUUCAGUCACAGUGGGAGUCUUGUCAGACAUCAGCGAAUCCACACAGGAGAGACGUCCUUCACAUGCUCUGAGUGUGGGAAAAGCUUCAGUCAGAAUGGAAGUCUGAUCAGACAUCAGCGAAUCCACACAGGGGAGAAACCCUUUACGUGUUCUGAGUGCGGGAAAAGCUUCAGUGAUAGCUCAAGCCUUAUUAGACAUCAGAAAAUCCACAUGAGAGAGAACUGUAAUAAAUGCUGUGACUAGGGCUGGCCAAAGAUAUCUUUUAACCUUAUUGUCCCACCACACCAUUCUCCAGCAACCCACCUUGUCCCAGUGACCAGUCAGCUGGGCGAUGUUUUAAAUGUAACGAGCUGGGGCAUGUAAAGGCCA